GAAAAAGAGAAACAUAACCUUGAGAAUGAGAAAAAUGAAUCGAGAAUUUAGACGAGGAGGAGUUGCUUAGCUUAGCAAUUAACAUUCCCCCCAAACAAGAUCCAUCCAUUCCAGUAACCUCUCGGCAUGGUGGAUUCUCAUUUCUUCAUUCAUUCAUUCUUGAUUUGAACUAUUACUAACUACUCUGUUACACACACACUCUCUCUCUCUCUCUGCAACCAAAACCAAAAUGGGUUGGGGAAGAGGAAUCUUCGAAGCUUCGAUAGUGUUAGGAUGUCUUUCUUCACUUGGUUGGGCAGGUCUAUGGUUUUUGAACCGUCGUCUCUACAAAGAAUACGAAGAGAAACGUGUUCUCGUUCAGAUCAUUUUCAGUAUCGUCUUUUCUUUCUCUUGCAAUCUUCUUCAACUUGUUCUCUUCGAAAUCAUUCCCAUCCUCUCCAAAGAGGCAAGAUUGGUGAACUGGAAGAUUGACUUAUUCUGUUUGAUUCUAUUGUUGGUAUUUCUUUUACCUUAUUAUCAUUGUUACUUGAUGCUUAAAAACAGUGGUUUGAGAACUGAAAGGGCUGCACUUGGAGCUUUUUUGUUUUUGAUUGUUUUUCUCUAUGGCUUUUGGCGAAUGGGAAUUCAUUUUCCAAUGCCGUCGUCUGAUAAUGGUUUCUUUACUAUGCCUCAAUUGGUUAGUAGAAUUGGUGUCAUUGGUGUUACUGUUAUGGCUGUUUUAUCUGGUUUUGGUGCGGUUAACUUGCCGUAUAGUUAUUUAUCACUUUUCAUUAGAGAGAUUGAGGAAACUGAGAUUAAGGCUUUGGAAAGACAACUAAUGCAGUCAAUUGAGACUGCUAUAUCGAAGAAAAAGAAAAUUAUUCUCUCUCAAAUUGAGAUGGAGAUUAACCAAGGUUCUCAGGAGAGGUUAACUGCUAGAUCUUUUAUCAAACGUAUUGUUGGUACAGUUGUUCGAUCUGUGCAAGAGGACCAAAAGGAACAAGAUAUCAAAGGCAUGGAAGCUGAGGUAGGUGCUUUAGAAGAGCUUUCAAAGCAGCUGUUCUUGGAAAUCUACGAGCUUCGUCAAGCAAAGGAAGCUGCUGCAUAUUCUCGAACUUGGAAAGGACAUAUGCAGAAUCUACUAGGAUAUGCUUGUUCCAUUUAUUGUGUGUAUAAGAUGAUCAAGUCAUUGCAAAGUGUUGUUUUCAAACAGGCUGGUUCGGUUGAUCCCGUGACAAGGAUGAUAAGUAUAUUCCUACAGUUUUUUGAUAUUGGAAUAAAUGCAGCCUUAUUAUCUCAGUAUAUUUCCCUGCUAUUCAUUGGAUUGUUGGUUGUGAUAUCAGUGCGUGGAUUCUUAACAAAUUUAAUGAAGUUCUUUUUUGCUGUUUCAAGAGUUGGAAGUGGAUCGUCCAGCAAUGUUGUUCUGUUUUUGUCCGAGAUAAUGGGAAUGUAUUUUUUAUCUUCUAUUCUUUUGAUCAGGAAAAGCUUAGCCACUGAAUACAGGAUUAUUAUUACAGAGGUAUUGGGUGGCGAUAUCCAAUUUGACUUUUAUCACCGGUGGUUUGAUGCAAUUUUUGUGGCUAGUGCAUUCCUUUCACUACUUUUACUAUCCGCACAUUAUACAUCUCGCCAAAUUGACAAACAUCCAAUUGAUUGAAACAUAUACUCCUGUAUACAUGUAUAGUUUCUACCGCCACGGAAGUGAAUAGCUGAUUAUGAAUCCAUGCUGGAAGAGAAGGUUGAUACUUGAUAUUGUUUGUUAUAUCAACAUAUGCUCAUACUGCCAAAUCAAUCAGAAUAUCCAUUUGGAUUAUCGUCUUCCGACAGUGGAAACUUCCGAGCAGUUAUAGUUGUUGGGCAACCUUGAAUGUAGAUUUACUUCUGCUUGUUUAAUACAUAGAAUGAAUUGGAUGUGAAUAGUUUUUGCACUUGGCAACAUACUUAGUUAUUGGUAAUUUUGGAUUAUCCAUAAGUGGAAUUCCCUCUCCAAUAUUUCAGUUGUUUGUCUUGAAUAAUUUAUAUUGUUGGCUUAAUUAGUAAUAUCCAUUUUAAAUUUGAUCACCUUUUUUAAAA